AUGAACACCACUUUAACGAAAAAACCGAACACUGUCUCUGCUAGCAACUUUAAAAAAAGUUCAACUUCUGUUCAUAAUGGCAGUAAACAAGAGAAGCCUAUGACAGUGAACAUCGUCUCAAAUCAUUCUACAACUCGAUUGAUCGAGAAUUGUAUUGUUAUUUGGUUGGAUUCGAAUAUAAAUGAGACCAAUGGUGACUAUCAAAAGUCUAUUAAUAGCUUACGAAAUAUUGUCAACACGAUAAAAACAUUCACGAAUACCAACUCCUGUAUCGAUUACCUAAUUCAAAUAAAGGAUGAAAAAAUAUUUAUAAUCGUAUCGGGUGCUCUUGCUCAAACAAUUGUACCACACAUUCAAGGUAUAUCCAAACUCGAUUCGAUCUAUGUGUUUUGUGCUAAUAAGUCAAAGCAUGAAUUGUGGAUAAAUGAAUGGAGCAAGGUGAAAGGAGUUUUUACGCAGAUCGAACUCAUUUGCCAUGCACUUAAACGAGAUACUCAACAAUGUGAUAGAAAUUUAAUACCCAUUAGUGUCCUCGCUGCGAUGAAUCCAUUGAACAAAAAUUUGAAUGAACUCGAUCAAUCAUUCAUGUACUCUCAACUUCUCAAAGAGAUUCUUGUCGAAUUAAAAGACGAAGGCAAUCUAAAAAGGCAACUGAUAGAGUUUUGCCGGAGCCAGUACGUUGGCAACACUACUGAAUUGAAGAUCAUCGACGAAUUUAAAGAAAUGUAUGAGCAACAUUCACCUAUAUGGUGGUAUACUCGUGAAUGUUUCGCUUAUUCCAUGUUGAACAAAGCGCUUCGUACCCAAGAUAUCGAAAUCAUUAUCAAGAUGAGUUUUUUCAUACGCGAUCUACAGGUACAACUUCGACAGCUCCAUUCAGCAUCCGACAAUCCUUAUUCACUAACUGUUUAUCGUGGUCAGGGCAUGUUACAAGAUGAAUUCGAAAGAGUUCAACAGAGCAAAGGUGGUCUACUUUCAUUCAACAAUUUCUUAUCGACAAGUAUCGAUCGACGAGUUUCUCUUCAAUUCGCCAAAAUGGCACAACAUAAUCCUGAUUUGGCAGCGAUUCUGUUUCGAUUGGAGAUCAAUUGCGCGCUGACGUCGACUCCAUUCGCUCAAUUGGACAACAUUAGUUAUUAUGCAGAAUCUGAAAAAGAGGUACUUUUCUCGAUGCAUACCGUAUUUCGUAUUGGUGAGAUAGAACAAAUCGAAAAUGGUCUAUGGCAAGUGGAACUAAUAUUGACAGGUGAUAAGGACGAACAAUUGAAUCGUCUCACAGAACGUCUCAGAAAGGAGAUUGGACCGGGAACUGGAUGGUAUCGAUUGAGUCAACUAAUGAUCAAAAUGGGUAAAUUUGACAAGGCCAAGGAAGUUUCUAUAGCACUACUCAAUUCAACAUCUGAUAGCGACGCAAGAACGAUUGCUGUCUGUCAUCAUCAACUUGGAUGCAUAAGCGACGAGAACGGCGAUCUAACAGAUGCUCUUACUCACUACAAGCAAUCUCUUGAUAUCAGUCUGACCUAUCUAUUGCCAGAUGAUCCUUCAUUGUCUUCAACCUAUUCAAAUAUGGGUAGUAUAUACAAAAAGCAAGGUGACCUCAACGUAGCUCUAGAAUAUUUCCAGCGUGCGCUCAACAUUGAUCAUCACGUCACUCAACCUGAUCAACUUCAGAUUGCUACCCAUUACAAUAAUAUUGGUCUCGUUCUUAAACAGCAAGACAAAUUCGACGAAGCACUAGAAUACUAUGAACGUGCACUGGAAAUCAAGCUCAAUCAUCUUUCACCACGUCACCCAUCAUUGGCUACCACGUAUAGCAAUAUCAGUGGGAUUCAUCAGUCGAGAAAAGACUAUUCGAAGGCACUUUUGUUUCUUGAGAAAACACUUGAAAUCAAACAAAGAUCUCUUCCAGCCAACCACCCAUCGCUAAUCGUAACUUACCGCAACAUAGCAACAGUAUUAGAUAGUCUUCAUCGAUAUAAAGAAGCUGCUGAGCAUGCACAGCACGCAGUUAAUAUUGCACGACAAGUAUUUGAACCUGACCAUUUGGAAGUAAAAGAUAAUCAAGAGUUCCUCGAUGAACUUCGUCAAAAAUUCUGA